AUGCUGGCGUGCAGACGACUUGCUGCGCUGGCGCUCCUGGUGCUCUGCCAAGGUCUGGACGAAGACUCCUGCGACAACUUCACCGAUCUGAACCUGUCGCACUGCUUUCUGGGUACUAGUUUGUAUGUGCGCUUGCUGCUUUACACCCGCGCUAACCCGGCAUGCGGGCGCGAGCUGGACCACCACCGCUUCUCAUCCGAGCCGCUUUUUGACAUGACGCGGCCCACCGCGUUUGUCAUCCACGGAUAUCGACCAACCGGAGCACCGCCCGUGUGGAUCGACAACUUGGUGCGCCUGCUGGCCGAGGAGCGAGACCUGAAUGUGAUUGUGGUGGAUUGGAACCGGGGGGCCGCUAAUCUAAACUACCUGACCGCCGUUGCCAAUACUAGAGAGGCGGCGCUCAAUUUGACGGCAUUCAUCAGGAACAUGCAGGACGAAGGUGCCUCAUUGGACUCCAUGCACCUCAUCGGCGUCAGCCUAGGGGCGCAUUUGGCUGGUUUUGUAGGCGCAAAUCUGAAGGGAAAAAUUGGACGUAUCACAGGUUUGGACCCAGCCGGGCCGCUCUUCACCAGCGCCACACCAGAUGAGCGCCUGGACCCGUCCGACGGAGUCUUUGUGGACGUGCUGCACACCGACAUGGACUCAUUUGGUCUGCGGGGGGCUCACGGUCACAUUGACUUCUACGCCAACGGGGGUGCCGACCAACCAGGCUGCCCCAAAACUAUCUUUGCCGGAAAGUCUUACUUCGUAUGCGACCACCAGCGUUCCAUGUGGCUGUACCUGUGCGCUCUCAACCACACUUGCAAUUUGACGGCGUACCCGUGCGCGUCCUACGCAGACUUCCUGGACGGGAAGUGUCUUCAGUGCGAGGCCUUCAAACCCGCUUCCUGCCCGCAGCUCGGAUAUGACAUCAUCCAGUGGCGGGAAAGUCUCCUCCAGUUAGGACAGACCAAAGUGUUCUUCAGCACUACUGCCUCACAUCCUUACAAAAAGCUGAACUACAGGGUGGACAUGGUGACAUGGAACCAGUAUCUCCGCUGGGGGGUGGUCUACAUCCGACUACACAGUGGCAGGAAUGUCACCGAGGCCCGAAUAGACCACAAGCUCCUCCGCUUCGAGCAGUUCACAGCCACGCGUCUUUUGGCGCAGUUCGACGAGGACCUGCCACACGUCCAUAAGAUCUCCCUGCGCAUCAACACGGGCAACGUCAUCGGCCCGCGCUACAAAAUCAGACUACUACGAAUACGACUGACGCCGCUCGAGCGCCCCGAAAGGCCGUUGAUGUGCCGUUUUGAUCUCAUCAUGGAGGAAAAUAGAGAGUUAGCGUUCCGGCCGCUGUCAUGCGAUUCUCACCUCUGA